CUUAUCAGGUGCCGUUGGCUCACCCCGCCCACAGCAGUGGUUAUUGUGUCCGAUGGAGCAAAGCGGGUCGGUUUACCCUCCCCUCAAGCUUCCACAUCUGGAUUAAUUGUCAGGACAGAGAACAGAGACGGGUCCGGAGCGUGUCUCAGAGGAGUGUGGUCAGAUUUAGAGGGGCUCAGGAGCGGGUUUGACCCGGUUUCCAUCGGGCGCGGAUCGCCGGGAAAAACAGAAAGAAGGGAAAGUUUGCUUCAUCUUUGCUCUCACGUCUCUGCGGCCGAGGCGUUAGUCAUGCUCAGGUAGAGACUCGACUCUGCAGUGCCCACCAUGUUGAAGCGUUUGGACAGGAUCCGGUUCAGGGGACGGCGGGAUGAGUUCCUGGAUAUGGCCGAGUCGCCCAACACAUCCGACACAGAAUGCAGCGAGGAGGUCGUGAUGAAACCUCGCAUCUCCGUCAGAGAGCCAGAGGAACUGAGGGAGGCAGAGGGAGAGCAGCAGGGUGACGUUCAGGCUGGUCCAGUAUCAUUUUCUGCAGCUCUGGAUGACAGGACAGAUUUAAAUGAGGUCAAAGGUCACUUAGAAAUUGCCUUGCUGGAGAAGCACUACUUGCAGGAGGAGCUGAGAAAACUUAAAGAGGAGUCCAAUGUGGAUUUAUUGAAGCAGGAGCUUGAAAAGGAGCGCUGCAGACGCAUCGAGCUGGAACAGAAGAUCAACGAUACCCUGAAAUCCAGACUUGAAGACUCACCAUCUCAGACACCUAAAGCCCCGUCUCUUCCAUCAUCUGCAGGCAGCGACAAACAGAAGGACACUCUGUUUGACACUUUCUUGAAAUGGCUUUAUAAUCGCUUUGGUGUUUACAUCGAAGACUUCCGUUUCCAACCAGAGGAAAUGACAGUGGAGACGGAGGAACCGCUGAGUGCCAAAAGGUUGACUGAAAACAUGAGACGGCUCAAACGAGGAUUCAGACCCGUUACUAACUUCAUGAGGAACCUUUCUGCCUUAUCCAGCUGGUACUCUGUCUAUACAUCAGCCAUCGCCUUCAUUAUCUACAUGUAUGUGGCGUGGAAUGGCUGGGCCAUCCCCAUGUUCCUGUUCCUCGCCAUCCUCCGCCUGUCCUUGAAUUACCUCAUUGCCAAAGGUUGGAGGAUCCAGUGGAGCAUCGUACCUGAAGUCUCAGAGCCAGUGGAGCCUCCUAAGGAAGACCUGACUGUGUCUGAGAAGUUCCAGCUGGUUCUGGAUGUCGCUCAGAAAGCUCAGAAUUUGUUUGGAAAGAUGGCCAACAUCCUGGAGAAAAUAAAGAAUCUGUUCAUGUGGGUAAAGCCGGAGCUGACUCAGAAGCUGUACGUUGGUCUGUGGUUGGCCUUUAUCUCCUCAUGCCUGCUGCCAUACAAACUUGUGGGAUUCAUCAUAGCUAUAUACGCAGGUAUCAAGUUCUUCAUCAUUGACUUCAUCUUCAAGAGUUGUCCCAAGCUGAGGAAGCGCUUCGACACCCCCUACAUCAUCUGGACAAAUUUACCCACCGACCUGCAGCUGAAAGAGCGCAGCAACACUAUGCAGGGCCGACGGGUUACAGCAGCGACGGGCCGAAGCAGCCUCACCGCAGCACCUCCUCCAGGUGUAAACCGGGAUGAGGAUGGAGGGCGAUACUACAGCACCAAGAGAGGAGCUUUUCACGAGGUUUUCAACCUGCCAGAGAGUGAGCGCCCUCUGUCAGUGUGUGAGAACGGUUGGCGCUGCUGCCUUAUUAACAGAGACAGGAAGACACCGACAGACUACAUCCGCAACGGAGUGCUCUAUGUCACUGAGAAUAACCUGUGCUUCGAAAGCUCCAGCUCCAGGUCCGGAUCCUCAAAGAGAAACAAAGUCAUCAAGCUGCUCGAUAUCACUGACAUCCAGAAGUACAAAGUUUUGUCGGUGCUUCCUGGAUCUGGGAUGGGGAUCUCCAUUGCGACGCCAUCCACCCAAAAACCCCUGGUCUUUGGCGCGAUGAUGCACAGAGACGAAGCAUUUGAAGCCAUCUACACUCAGUACACAAAGAUUGUUGCCAUGGCUGCAGCCAUCAAACCAGAGACAUAGUAAGACCUUCACAAUGGCCGCCUUAACCACAAACACUGAAAUGUCUUUUGAUGGCUGCUGACUUCAGUUUCAGGUGCUGGUCUUUUCUCGUCAAUCACCCAUUUAAACAAUUCAGUGACAGUAUAUUAGUGAUUGAUAUUAAAUCAGCUGAUUCCAACCAAUCACUGAUUUCUUGUCAGUAUCAGAUGGUCUGCUGCCAAUCACUGUUUCUAAAAGGAUUUAAUAAAAGCAUCCACAAAUGAGAGCACUUUGCAUUCUCUCUCUAAGUGUUAAGUCUUCUGUUUUUCAUCCCUGCUGAGCAUUUCAGUCAUUUAAAUUUCCUGUGCAGACUUAAUAUCAAGAGGUUCAAUCCCUCCCAUAGUUGUUAGCCUUUUAUUGUGACAAAUCUAGAAUAUCUAGAAAAAUUCAUUUUUUGUUCACAUAGUAAAAUCAGCAGGUGAGCUAAAAUAAAUUUUCACCUGCAGUUUGUCAGGUUUGUCAUGUGACUGGUUGCAGGCUUCAGUUUACUUCCACAAAGGUAUAUAAAACUGGAAAGUUUACCACAUUGUGUUUUUGUGCUGCAAAAAUGAAAGCGAUUAAUAGAAAAUUAUAACAGAAUAAUAAUUGAAGUCACUCAUUAAUCAAAACCACCAGUUUUUCUCAGUCUGCAGCUUUCCCAAUAUAUUCUUUAUUUGCUUUACUGUGUUUUUAUCACUGUAAACUGAACAUAUUCAGGUUUGGACUGCUAAUUACAUAAAACAUGACCUUUUGAUUAGUGACACUGUGCACUCUUGAGAAACUGGAAUGGAUGUAUUUUACUGUUUUCUAAUAUAUUAUGUAUUGAACAUUUCAACAAUUGGAAAAAAUGACUAUGAAAUUAAACUUAGAGGUAGACUUAAUUUUGGCUUUGCUUACCAAAACAUAUUAUUUGAGCUAUAAACACUGACUGAUGGAUAUCUGUCUACAGCAAGAUUAUCAGGAAGAUGAUGAAAAGCGGAACUUUAAAGAGUUGUUUUCAUUGUUGGUCUGAAUCAGACUCAAUAUUUUCCAGUUGUAUAAAAAGAAAAUAGUGGAAAUGUCCAUCAAAUGUCUUACUCACAGUUCAAACCCCAAAAUGUUCAGAGGAAUAAUGUCUUUAUAGCUUCUUUCAAAAAGCAUCUCACAAGAAAUCCACAUAACAAGGCAAACGUAGGUGGAGGGUUUCAUUACUGUAUAUUACACUGUUGGCAAACAAAUGAGUUUCAACCUCAUUAUUAUUCAUUAGUGUCUUCAGGGAUUUGUAAAAACGAUCAUCAUAUGACUCUGUAUUGUACUACUGCAACUAAGCCUUACAGUCAGUUAUUAUAUUGUGUAAAGUGUUUGCAUUCUGUAUCAAUGUUCAGCACUUAUUUAUUUUGAGAUAUGGAAUUUAGUGUAAACCACAAAAUUAUGGUUUUCUUUUUGCUUAAUUUGAGUUACUUUUACAAUUAAUAAGCCACGAAUCUGAAUCCCACAGGGGAGCUUCAAACAUUACAAUUGUAUUUGUUUAGCAUUCACUUUUCACCAAGCUUAAACUAAAAUCAGUUAAAGCACUAAAAAAGCACUUUUUAAAAAAAAAAUAUUAUCUCAAAGCUUUUGUUUUCUUAUGACAUUAAACAUCUGAAUAAAGUAAUAUAUAUUUUGGUUCAUUAUUUUAUUUUGUGUUUUUUUAAUUAAGCCAGAUGUUAAAGUAAAGUUAAAGUUAAUAGUUUGCAGUAUAUUUUAUUUAAUACUUGGAUUUAAUAUUUUUUUUUUUUUUUUACAUUUCAGAUUUCAAACAUUUUAAUAAUUCAUUGGAGAAAAAAAGUCUCCAAAGCAAGCUGUUCUUUUACAUAAACAUAAAUUCUGACAAAUUUUAACAAAUAAAAUUGCUGUGAAGUAGAAUAUAUCAUUAGUUUUAGUACCUCUCAAAAAAAAUUUUAUUGCCAAAUUAUUGCUCUUUUGUAGUUUUCAGUAUAGUUAAACGAUUUUUACUGGUCUUUUUUUGCAAACUUUAUACUGCUUGCUAAUGCCAUCAUGCCUCAGCCAAAUACUUUAAAAAUUGUUUCCUGACUUUCUUUUUUUUUACUCUAAAUGCCCUUCAUUUUGUCUGCAGUUUGCUCGGGUUUAAUUUUUGUUUUGCUGAUGUCACUGUGAACAUUUUUCUCUCCUCAUGUUGUGUCUUUUGGAUUUAAGAGUUUUAUAAAAUGGUCUCUUGUAUGGAUAGGUGUAAUGUUUUUUUUAAAUUUGUGUAAUUUCUAUUAUUGAAAUGUGAUGUAUAUUAUGUGUUUAAGUAAAAUCAAAUAUGUUACUGUAACAGUGUGUGGUUGUUGUUUAGUGCAGUAACUGCUUCAGGCUGUAGGUGACAUCACAGGUGUACCUAAUAUAUUGGCUGGCCACUGGCAUACCUAAUAAAGUACCAGCCACUUUAAAUUUAAGAAAAAAACAUUUUGAAAACAUGCAAUACGUAUUUGCAAGCUUUCACUGUGAAAAAGUGAGAGUUAAAAAAAUUAUUUUACACAUUGAGCUCAUUUUAACCCCAUUUCAUAGAGCUAAUAAUCCUGCGUAGUGCAUUCUCUUUUCAAAGUCAUCAGUGACACGAACCGUAAUCCAUUCAACUACAACACAAUUCUUGCUCUUUAAACAUUGACUAAAAUAUGUUUUCAGAUAAGCUGCUAGGUCUAAGAACAUAUUAAGAGCUUAUGGCAGCUGUGCAGUAAAUAAAAUGCAGUGACUUAGUGAAUAUCUCAGAUCACAAUUUAACUUCCUUGUCCAACACAUUUAUGAAGCCAAACAUUUCUUCUUAUUAUCCAAAUCAGGGUCCCAGUCAACUAUAAAUUAAUGACUGUUCAGCUAUAACAGAACAACUAUGAAUCAGUGUUAUUCCAAUGUCAUUGUCAUCACACUGUCAGGGUUCAUCGGUAUUUCGGUGUUGAUCAGACACUUAUCUGUGAUUGAGAUUUCAGUUUAAACUCUAAUGAUUUUCAGAUGAAAAGUUCCUUUAUGUUAUUAACCUGACGCCAGUUAACAUAAUUAGUAUCAAAAUGUUUUCUGGCUGUUUCUUUUUACUACCGCUUUUCCAGACUUUUGUUGCCCACUCCC